AUGAAUCGUCGCAGCCUCUCGCCUUCCACUCCUAGGAGCAGAGCCAUGGAUAAAUAUGAACAGUUGGCUGUUGUAGGUGAGGGUUCGUACGGCGUGGUCUUGAAAUGUCGCCGCCGGGACACUGGUCAGUUGGUAGCCAUCAAGAAGUUCUUGGAGACUGAAGAUGACGCCGCCGUUAGGAAGAUGGCUCUCAGAGAAAUAAGGAUGUUGAAGAAACUUCACCACGAUCACUUGGUGAAUAUGAUCGAAGUAUUCCGUCGUAAGCGUCGCUUCUACCUAGUGUUUGAAUACCUUGACCACACACUCUUGGAUGAGCUGGAAGCAGCUCCCAGCGGCCUUGGCGAGGAUACUGCCAGGAAACACUUGUACCAGCUGUUGAAAGGAAUCGACUAUUGUCAUCAGAACUCUAUAAUUCAUCGUGACGUCAAACCAGAGAACGUGCUGGUGUCAAAUAAUGGUAUAGUGAAGUUGUGUGACCUGGGAUUCGCAAGAGCUCUGGCCGCGCCCGGCGAGCCAUACACGGAGUACGUGGCAACUAGGUGGUACAGGGCUCCAGAAUUACUGGUCGCUGAGCAUAGAUACGGUCCGGAGGUGGACAUCUGGGCGGUGGGUUGUCUGUUCGCUGAGAUGUUGACGGGCGAGCCUCUGUUCCCGGGAGACUCGGACAUUGACCAGCUGGCUCUCAUCAUCAAGAUUGUUGGUAAGUUGGCUCCACGUCACCAGCAGGUUGUGUCCCGCCUGUCGUCAGGCCUCCCGGCGGCGGCCCGAGGCCCCUCAGGCCUGCCGGGGGCCGCGCGGGCCCGGGACUUGCUCGCCGCCUGCCUCAGGACCGAGCCCCGGGCCAGGCCUUCCGCGGCAGCACUACUCAGACACAAAUAUUUCGUGGCCGACGGAUUCGCGGAGAGUUUCAAUAACGAGCUGCGGAAGAAAAUGGGAAAAGAGAGUGAGACACCUCGACCUCAGCAGGGAACGACGCGAGUCGCCGGCAAGCCGAGGCAACAAUGGACAUUGAAUAUAAUAUCGGACACAGCCAGAUCUCGCACAAACAGCACGGCCGAGGAUUCGCUCAUAGACUAUAAUUACACACCAAAUACUGAAUCUCAGAAUGAGACGGAGAAAAAGAAUUCUCAAAUAUCAACACAUGAAACGGAAGAGGUACCUCUCUCAUGGUGUACUAGCACUUCGGGCACAGCUGUACACAAUAGUACGGUCACCGGAACGGGGACAACGGGACAAGGGGUAACGGGUCAAGGGGUAACGGGACAAUUGGUAACUGGACAAGGGGUAACGAGACCGACCUUACCCCGCUCACUAGCCAGAGCUAUAGAUGAGACAUUCCAAACAUUCCCCGUACCUGUCAACACGUACCCGAGAACACCCUAUAUAAAGAAAGUGAACAGUAAACUGGUGAUGGAUGAAGAAUUGCUGCGAGGAAAGAAAGUCGCCAAGAAGAUGACGCCGGAGUUUUCGUUGCCCUACGUACCGGGAGCGAGCAAUAGUCCGGUGAAGAAGGCGAAAAAACCACAAACACACAAGACACACGACCAUUGUGAUAGCAGCAAUAUGACGCCUCACACAAGGACGCCGACGAACCUGCCGUACAUGUGA